AUGUUAUAUGGUGAAAUUCCUAGCAGUCUUGGCAGUUGCAUUAAGUUGGAAAUUCUAAGCAUGGGAAGAAACUCCUUCCAAGGAAUUGUUCCGCCAAGUUUUGGCUCUUUGAGAGGACUGCAAGAAUUAAAUCUUUCUUGGAACAAUUUAUCGGGAAAAAUCCCUGACCUUCUUGUGGAUAUGAAGUCCUUCCACUUCUUAGAUAUAUCAUACAACAAUUUUGAGGGGUCAAUGCCAACAGAUCGCAUUUUCAAGAAUUUAAGUUCAGCUUUAGUUGCAGGGAAUAAUAAACUAUGUGAGGGAAUUCCUGAGAUGUACUUGCCUACAUGCAACUUCAAAGAGCCUGGCAACUUUGAAGGAUCAGUUACUUCGGUGCUGUACCUUCUGUUUGUUUCAUGGUUGAGAAAGAAGCAAAAAGUGUCAAUAUCAAGUUCUUCAAGAAAUUUGCUUUUAAAUUUCUUACAAAGUCUCCUAAAAGCCACAUAUGGAUUUUCUUUAGCAAAUUUGCUUGGAGUGGGUGGUUUUAGAUCAAUUUAUAAAGGAGUUAUUAAUGAGAGUGGAACUAUAAUUGCUGUCAAUGUCCUCAACCUCUUGCGUCAUGGUUCCUUCAGAAGCUUUCUUGUUGAGUGUGAAGCCUUGAGAAACAUCAGACAUCGAAAUCUUGUAAAAUUUCUUACAGUUUGUUCAAGUGUUGAUUAUUAUGGUAAUGAUUUUAAGGCUCUAGUUUAUGAGUUCAUGGUCAACGGAAGCCUUAAGGAAUGGUUGCAUCCAAUUGGUACAGAAAAUGAAGUGCAUCAGGACCAAAGAAAUCUUGAUCUUUUUCAAAGGUUGGAUAUCGACAUUGAUGUCGCUAGUGCAUUGGAAUAUUUACAUUAUCAUUGUCAAACACAAAUCAUUCAUUGUGACCUAAAGCCGAGCAAUGUUCUUUUCGACGCUGAAAUGAUUGGAUACUUGGGUGAUUUUGGGAUAGCAAGAUUCUCUCCUGGAAGCAACUAUAACUCUUCUACCACUCACUCUGGCACUACUGGAUUAAAGGGAACUAUCAGUUAUGCUGCUCCUGAGUAUGGUAUGGGAAAUGAGGUGUCGACCCAUGGUGUCAUGUACAGUUAUGGGAUCCUUUUAUUAGAAAUGUUCAAAGGAAAGAGACCCACUGAUGACAUUUUUCAGUGCACUCUAAUCCUACAUUCCUUUGUCAAGAUAGCUUUGCCUUAA